ACAAACUCUUUUCUUACAAUAAAAACUUCCAUGGUAACCCAACCCUGGGAAAUUACCAUUCCUUUCCAGCGGGAAAUAUAAAUUCACUUUUAAAUUGUAAAUUUGCAAAUAAAUGAUAUAAAUAAACUAAAUAAAUAAAAAUAUUAUUUUUUCACAUUAUAGACAGAUAAUAAGUGUGUAAUUUAAUCAUCAAUUUACUAAUCAAUCCUAUUUUGAAAGUUGAGCCUUUAAUCUUAUUCAUUUCCUUUCGUUAAUUAUUGAAAACAAGGUAAAUUUACCUGCUUUUAGAUUCCGCGUGAUAAAAUGACGGUAAGAUUGCAAGUAGUGAUUUUUGCAUUAAAUGUUUGACAAAUGAUGAACAACGUCAUUUGAUCAGCUGCAAUCAGCUGUGACCGGUCCGCCUUAAAUUCCUUGGAUAUAAAAAUUCGAAUUCAAUAUUUUCAUUGAUUAUAAACAUAAAAAAAUGCCAAUAAAAUUAAAUAUUUUUUAUAAUGUUCUUACACAACAUAAAUAUAGUAAAUUUGUAAAGUUUAUAUUUACCCAUGACGUUUCAGGGUGUGGUUUUUAUUCUAUUUUGUUGUAAUAUAAUUUCAAAGGUGUGAUCAUUGGUUAAAUUUUAAAUUAUACAUUCAAUUUACUUUUUUUUUAAUUUACAUAAAUAUUAAGAGUGUGUAGUUUCAUAAAGUUUGUAAAAAUAUUUAGAUGACGAACAGUAAACGUAAUUUGAAAAUUAAUGGGGGGCUGUUUCGGCCUCUGCAUUUCCAAAAUUCUGGACCCCAUAUCAAACAGAUUUUAUCGCAGUCAUACAAGGAUGUCUUCCGAAGAGGACGAACAAGUUGAGUUUCAGUUUGACCCUGAUUUUGAGAUUGGCCAGAGAAAGCAGCUAAACUCAAAAAGACUAUUAUCGUUUCUCAUAAUGAAACGUUUUAAGAAAAGGAACAAAGGAUCAACUUUGCAAUUAAUCGAGGAUGAUGACGACUGGACAAUGAAUUGCAAUAAAUAUAUAUUGUUACAUUCCAAAAAUGCUGCUUCAACUAGCUACGAUUCUGAUACGUCUUUGCGAAGUACAGAUCCUCAAAAAAUAAUUAGAGAUCAAAGGGGAAUUUCGUCUACUCCUGCCUCUUCAUUAGAUCUCGAAUGGGAAACAGAAGGUAUUCCCCUCCACGCUUUAGGAACAAACCAAAAAGAAAAAUCUUGCAAUUCCUCAAUUAAAACUGCCGAUAAUUCACAUCCCUCUAGUCUGACUGCCUCACCAUGGUCUCGAGUAUCAAGUCCAGAUAGUUUGGAAUGGGAUCCAAUAGAAGCUGAUAUUGUUUGUCUCGAUUUAGAAACCGAACGACUUAUUACCGAAAUUGAGAGAUUAACUGAUAAAACACUUCGUGAAACAGGCGACUGGACUGUAACUAGCUGAUAGAUUCUCUAGAGCUUAUAGAACUAAAUUAUCUCUAUUAGAUAAAAAAAAACAAACAUAUUUGUAUAUUUUUUUAAAAAAGCAUUCUUAUAUAUAAAUGUAAUAAUACUGAGAUUUGAAUUCCGCCCUUUUUCUGCUAUUUAGAUCAAUUUAUCGAAGUACGUGCAAUUAAUAACUGAAGAAAGUAUUUUGUAAAUUAAAUUAAAUCGAGUUGCGUGAAAAAAAAUAAGCACGGAUAUUGUAAAUAAACACGAGAAUGAUUCCUAUUAAUUAAUGUUUGGCUUGAGAGAAAAAAAUAUUAUUUUUGAUUAAUGUAAAAAUAAAAUUAUAAAUAUAUAUGUAUU